AUACAAAAUGUCAAAACGUGCACCAGUCACUGAGGGUCUGCUCAGCCUCCAGGCUGCUGCUGUGCUGUGGGCUGUAGGACACAUGGGUCUCCCCUCUCUCUGGGGCCAGGCGGGGAGGGGGGCAAACAUGCUGUGGUUCUGGAGGCUGCACUAAAUGCAGGGAAAAGGGACCCUCGGUCUGUGCUGAGGACACAGCAGCUCUUCAGAACAAACGAAGCAGAAGGUCCCUGCUGCCACCUGGAGGACAGUGCCCUCAGGAAUCCCAGAUGUCCCCAAAGUGGCAAAGAGCCAGGCAAAGCCUGAGUGAGAGGGAGCAGCCAGCAGGUUUGGUUGUCUUUGCAGGUGAAGCUGGGGCAAGGGAACAACAGGAAGUGACCUCACUUCCUUGACAACGCACAAAACAGAACCUGGAACCCGAGGCUGGUUACCUCUAGUUACUUGAGCAGAGAUUCAACAGCCAGGAGGAUAUUAUGGUGCUGUCUCCCAGAUGGCUUAGGCGCCGGCCACAAGAGCCAGUGGGGUGGGGGCUUGUCCAAAUGCAGACACAGUGGGACACCUGUCGGCCCAUGAGCCUCAGGCGUAUUAACUCGAGGACUCCAAAGGUGACACAGGACAGCCCACAACAGGGACGAAAGGAGUCCAGCCCAAAGCUGGAGAAGGCUGGCCUGGUGAGGACCCUGGAGCCAGGCACCCUGAAGAAGCUGGUGAACCACCUGGUGCCUGCCCAGUUGUGCAGAGACCCCUUCUUUGUACCUGCCUUCCUGGCCAUCUACAGGAGGUUCGCCACUCCACUGCAGGUGCUGGACCAGCUCUUCCUCAGGUACCGCUUCUUCCACCCCGACUCUGAGGAGGACCAGCAGAACAAGAGGGCUCUGAGCUCCAUCCUGGAGACCUGGCUGCUCCAGUACCCGGGAGACUUUGCCCUGUACCCAGGCCUGGCCAGCCUCAGGCAGCUCGUGGCCUAUGCCCUCAUCAACCUGCCAGACUCGGAUAUCAUCCUGCAAGUGUGCAGACUCCCGACCCGACUUGGAGCCCACUGAGUAGGAUCCCAUUCCAUGGUAGCUCUAGGUGCAGCAGUGCCUUCCCCAGCAGCAGCUCUGGACAGAUCCCAGGAGCUGGGGGAGGGCAGGAGCUGCCAGCGCCUUCUGUGCUGCUGCACGAGCUGGAGCUGCAGGGCAGCAGCCACCCAACCUGACCCCAUACCCACCUGGCAGCUCCUUGUCUGGCUGCAAGGCCUCUGCAGCCUGCUCAGGCCUCACCACCAUGCGGGGCUUCCUCCGCAGGGCCCUCUGUCCCUCCCAUGGGAAUAUCUCCUCGUGGUGCCUUCCCUGUUUUCCUGUUUCCAUCUUUCCCCCAUUUAUGUAGCAUUUAUUUUAAUAAAAUUGAACAGCUCCUGUAUUUUAA